AUGUCAGACAUUGCCCAGUCACUAUCUGUCAAUGUACAUCACACCGUACCGUACAUAAGACAAAAGAAGAAUAAUAUAGUCAGUUCGGCCCACUUCAUCCGGUCAACACGUAAGCAUGAGUCACCAGAAAACAAUUCAUUUUUCUUUCUGUAUGGAUUACAUUUUUUAAAUAUAAACAUUGCAUCAAUUCCUGCUGAAUUAGAAAAUGGCCGACAGCUUCUUGAUGUCAAAACUUGGCUUACUAAUCAAUCUGAAGAAAACAAAAUCUGGGAAGAAACAGAGAAAAUGACUCUUCCUCCAUCGGAUGCAGACAUCGAGAUUGAAAUUUCCAGGCUCAUCAAAAAGCUCCAACAAAAGACUUGCAUCAAUUCACGGAGAGAGUUGACGGUUGAAAAAUUACAGAUUGGAAAUGUGCUUCUGAAAAGUUUGUUUGAGAAAGAUGAUUUGACGAAUCCUUACUUCAGUAAGCGCCUAAAAAAGUUGCUGCUUUACCAAUGUCGACAAUCUGCAGAAAUUUUGGAAUCUCAAAAAGAAUUAUCUACACUUCAAGCUGAACUUGACGACCUCAAAGAUCUCAAUCAAAAAAUAAUUACGCAGAACAGAGAACUGAUGAAUUUUCUGGACAACACCAAUAAAAAUUUAGAAUCUAUGAAUAAACAUUUUGAUAGCAAAAAGGAAGAGGCACUAAUUUUGGAGGAACUUCAAAUCAAGAAGAAACAAAACAACGCAAUUAAAUACAUUAUGCAAACCCUCAUCAUUGCAAGUGGAGUGAAUUGGGCAGAAGACCCAGAGUUGUUAGACACCAUGAUACAAUUAGGAAUUGAAUUGCAGGCUUGA